UAACUGUACAAGUCAGCUCUUGUGGCUCCAUUUCAUCCUCUUCUUUUCUCCCAAAAGAUCUCUCGUCUACCUUUAUUUCUUCACUCUCAAGCCUCUCUACAAAAAUAUCUUUAUAUUCUAUCUUUUUGAAAAGAAAUUUCCUGCUCUUGGGAGAGAGAUAUUGGAUUGAGGUUCUCCUUGCAGAGAGAGAGAGGGGGGACACGAACUGGGUUUCACUUUAAGGCAGAAAGGUCAGAUUCGAGGUUUGAAAAGGCAAAAGAGAGGGUUCUUUUUUCUAUUUUUUUCAGAAAGAAGAGAGAGAAAGAUAGGAUUUUCAGAGAGAGAGAGAAGUUUGAGGUUUUAGAAGAAGAGAAACUAUUGUGGUUGCGUGUGGGUAUUUUUUUUUUUUUUUUUGUGGAGAUAGUGAAACAGAGAAAUCCUAAGAAGAUCGGGAGUUCUUAGAGAAAAUUGGAAAGAGGGGGAGAUAGCUGGGGAAGAUGAAGAUACAGUGCAACGUCUGUGAGGCCGCGGAAGCGAACGUGCUGUGUUGUGCGGACGAGGCGGCUUUGUGUUGGACAUGUGACGAGAAGGUUCAUGCAGCUAACAAGCUUGCUAGUAAGCAUCAGAGGGUUCCACUUUCUACUUCUUCUCCUCAGAUGCCUAAAUGUGAUAUUUGUCAGGAGACUGCUGGUUUUUUCUUUUGUCUAGAAGACAGAGCAUUGCUCUGCAGGAAAUGUGAUGUUGCCAUACACACAGCAAAUACCCAUGUGUCUGUACAUCAGAGAUUUCUGCUCACUGGAGUGAAGGUAGGUCUAGAACCUACUGGUCUUGGUGCAACCUCUUCCUCAAGAAAGUCACCUUCAGGGGAAAAGAAAACCUCGGAAACAAAUUCAUGCCCUGUUUCUAGAAGAGGCACCUUAUUGCCUUUGGCCAAUCCUUGCAAUCAAGUUUCGCCUGUGAAUGUCUGUGGAGUUGGAGACUUUGGGCCUGCUAAGCUGCCCUAUUCUGGAGGUUCAGCAACUUCCAGCAUUUCACAGUGGCAAAUAGAUGAAUUUCUCGAGCUGCCUGAGUUUAAUCAAAAUUAUGGCUAUAUUGAUAAUGGAUCUUCUAAGGCUGAUAGUGGCAAACGUGGAGAUUCUGACAGCUCUGCCAUUUUAAGGUCUACUGAAGAAGAGGUGGAUGAUGAAGAAUGCUUGGGUCAGGUGCCAGAUAGCUCCAGGGCAGUACCCCAAAUGCCUUCCCCACCUACAGCCUCAGGGCUAUACUGGCCAAAAAGUUUUCAUAAUCAUUCUGAGACAGCAAUUUUUGUGCCUGAUAUAUGUUGCUCAGUGGUGCAGAACUGUCAUUACAGUGAACAGCGUGGCACUGUUUCCAAACGGCAGCGGCACCUUUAGACUACUCUUUGUCAGCUUCAUCAUCAAGUGGGAUGCCCGAGGGUCUGUUGGAAUGUUUUUAAUGAAAUCUUCAUUUGUGUAGCUUUCUCCUGACAUCAGAGCUCCUCCAUUCCACUGCUGCUACUUUGGAGCUUGUAAGAUAAAAGGCGUUAGUGCUUGAGUCAAUAAUUCAUUCACCUGAGACAUUGAUAUCUGUAAGAUUCAGUAAGGUGGUCAAGAAAUACCUCAAUAACGUGAUGGAAAUCCAUGUUUCACGAAAAAUUUCUGAAUCCGAAGAUGGAAGCGUGCUGAGUGGUUAUUAUUAGAACUUUUGUAAAACUUGAGAAGGUUGUUUGAUCUUUACUUUUCAUGGAAAUCAGACAUCUUUAAUGAUGUUACCUGAUGUCUGUUUCCAUGUACAUGACCUAAUUAAAAGGUUGAAAAGCUGUUUGUCUU